AUGGACCAGUUACGCUUUGAUGGCCGUGUGGCAGUAGUGACGGGCGCUGGUGGCGGCCUUGGCAAAGCUUAUGCUCUUCUUUUGGGUUCUAGAGGUGCAAAAGUCGUUGUUAACGACCUCGGCGGCGCCCGCGAUGGCGUUGGCAAGUCUAAUUUUGCUGAUGCUGUUGUGAAAGAAAUCAAGGACAAAGGUGGUGUUGCUGUCGCCGAUUACAACAAUGUAAUUGAAGGAGACAAGAUUAUUAAAACAGCUAUUGACAAUUUUGGGCGCAUAGAUAUCCUUAUUAAUAAUGCAGGUAUUCUCCGUGAUAAGAGCUUCACCAAAAUGUCUGAGCAGGACUGGGACCUCAUCCAAGCCGUACACUUGAAGGGUGCAUUCAAAACUACACAUGCCGCAUGGGAAUACUUCCGAAAACAAAAAUAUGGUCGCGUCAUCAUGACAUCAAGUAAUGCUGGUAUUUUCGGCAACUUCGGCCAAGCUAACUACAGUGCGGCGAAACUAGGCCUGGUGGGUUUGGCCAAUACUUUAUCUAUCGAAGGUGCUAAAUACAACAUCAAAGUAAAUACCAUAGUCCCGACGGCUGCAUCUCGUCUCACCGAAGAUAUCCUCCCCCCAGAAAUGUUCGAAGCGAUGAAACCUGAACUCAUUGCACCGGUUGUUGCGUACAUGGCACACGAGUCUUUCCCAGAUAACGGCGCCAUCAUCGAUUCAACUUUAGCGUACGCUACCAAAACGCACUUCGUAAGGGGCAAUGGUGCUCCGUUAAAGAAGAAGCCUUCAGACCCAGUGACCAUCGAAUCUGUGAAAGAAAACUGGUCCAAUGUUGUGGAUAUGAACGGAGCCGUACAUGUAGAUAAAAUUGCUGAUGUCACGAUUGAUCUCGUCCAGAAAUUGCAGAACUUUGAAGAACGUGCGAAGUUAGACGGUGACCGAGAGUCGUAUUGGAGUACGUACAGCUAUAAUUCCAAGGACCUCGCUUUGUAUGCUCUCGGAGUGGGAGCGUCCGUAGUUAACCCAUCUGAUUUGAAAUUCUUAUACGAAAGUCAUGAGGACUUCGUAGCUCUCCCGACAUACUUUAUCUUAGCUGGUAUGUGUAUUGAAUCACCACUCGUCGCCAACUCCAUGCCACCAGGCAAACACGCCGACUUCACUAACAUCCUGCACGGAGAACAAUAUAUAGAGUUCCUGGGUGAUUAUCCUGGAACAGAAGGCGAAUUCACAAUACGUUCCUACGUAGCCGAUGUCCUCGACAAGGGAUCCAGUGCUGUUUCUAUUGUUAAUAGCGAGAUUUAUCAAAACAAGCAAUUGGUGGUUCGCACCCAACAGCAAAUCUUCGUGCUGGGCCAGGGCGGGUUUGGUGGACCGCGCAACAGCAAAUUGGCCGUCGGCGUACAGAACGCUCCCAAACGUGCUCCCGACGCCGUUGUCGAACAACGGACUGCUGAGGACCAGGCUGCCUUGUACAGAUUGUCUGGCGAUUAUAACCCGCUCCACAUUGACCCAAAUGUAGCCACAGCAAGUGGACAUUCUAAACCAAUUCUCCACGGUCUUGCCUCUCUUGGGUUCUCUGCUAGACACGUACUUGCGAAGUAUGGUGGCAAUAACCCUAGCAAUAUGAAGGUUUUGAAAGCGCGUUUCGUGAAGCCCGUACUGCCGGGACAAACGCUUGUUACCGAGAUGUGGGUCGAAGGUAAACGCGUCCAUUUCCAGACCAAGCUCAAGGAGACUGGAAACGCUGUUAUUGCAGGAGCAUAUAUUGACUUCAACGACAUCAUAACCAGCGGAGCUUCGUCCUCAAGCGCUUCAGCUCCUGCUGCAGGCCCCGGCGGUGCGCUGAAGAGUGAUGCCUUGUUUGCUAAGAUCAAGGCUGAAGUGGAUAAGAACAAAGACUUGGCUAAGGGUAUAGGUGGCGUGUUCUUAUACAAUAUCACUGAAAAUGGCAAGAUUGUUAAGUCUUGGACUCUGGACCUGAAGACACCUGUUGUAUCCGAAGGUACACCUAAGUCUGGUAAAGCCGACACGACCAUGACUGUUGCUGACAAUGAUCUGGUAGAAAUCGCAGCUGGAACUCUCAGUCCACAAGUUGCUUACUUGAAGGGAAAACUCAAGAUUGCUGGUAACAUUAUGCUAGCACAGAAACUUGGACCUUUGCUCAAAUCACCUGCUAAGAUAUAA